GUUCUUUUUUCAUUGUUUGUAACCACAUGUUUCGUCCACUGUUUCCUCGACAUGGUCCAAACUUUAGUCUUGGACAACAACGAUCAUAUGCUAUUAUGAAUCGUGCAAAGAAACAAGCUGGUAUUCUUGAUCUUAUUCAACCUAAGCAACCUACCAAACUAGAAUCAAGCCAUUCUAACAAAAAUAAUACAAAUACCAUUCUCUAUUCAAAGCCUGUGGAUCGAUCCAUUGUUAAUGACAAGACUUCUUCCAAAAAAAGAAGAAAUGUGAACAAUGAUCAUCGACCAAGACGACAUGAACAACAAGGACAUUCAUAUAACCAAAGAAAUAGACAACAACAAGAGCAACAACUAUCUUCGGUCCGAUACCAACAUCCUCUCAAAUCACAGCAACAACAACUAUCUUCGGAUCCUCUUAAAUCACAACAGAAACCUUCAUCUUCAGUUCGAUAUCAGCAUCCUCUUAGAUCUCAACAACAACAACAAAGUACGGCAAACGAAUAUGAUCGUUGGGCUGAAACGCCAUUACAAGUGAUAGGACAGACUUCUGGUGCAGAAUUGAAUACGACAUGGACCUCUCAUUCAUCAAGAACAAUGGAAGGAGUGGACCAAAAUAUAUCAUCUCCUAAAUCUCGUGUAUUAGAUCAAUUCAAACGAAUGAGUGAACAAAAAGUAGCUGGUAUGGCCGAACGUCUUGCUGCCCCUGUCAAGGCAUUUGCACAACCGGAAAAUCCUCAUCUGAUUAAGGUGGCUGUCAUUGGUGCUCCUAACGCUGGCAAGUCUACUUUGGUGAAUAAAAUGGUGGGAGAAGAUGUAUCCAUUGUUUCUUCCAAAUCUCAUACAACUCGCGAAAGAAUCUUGGCUAUCCUAUCAGAAGACAAUCAUCAAGUGAUCUUUUUGGACACACCAGGGAUUAUCUCACCAAAAUCAAAAGAAAAUAUGAAUAGAAGUAUCACAACAUCUUCUUGGAGAUCAUUAGAUGAAGCAGAUCAUGUACUCAUUAUGAUGGACAGUGUAUAUGCUGGGACCAAGGAAUCACAGAUGGUACAAGAAUUUAUGAUGGAUCGCCUCUCAUCAUUGACUAUUCCUGCCACUCUUAUCUUUAAUAAGAUGGAUGUGACAAGUGUGAAUCAAAAGGAAGUACUGGAAAGGAUCAGUGAUGAAUUCAAAAAGGCAUAUCCAAGUAUAAAGAAUGUACUCUAUAUUUCAGCUUUGGAAGAAGAUGGUAUUGAUGGUGUCAAGGACAUCUUGUUUACCUCAUCGAAAGCUCAAGCUUGGUUAUAUCCUCCUGAUCAAAAAUUGGAAAUGUCUGCUCUUAAAAGAGUGGAAGAAUUGAUUCGUGUACAAUUCUUCAAACGAUUACAUCGAUAUAUUCCUUACAUGUUGAAACAAGAAAAUAUGGGUUGGACUGAACUCAAGAAUGGUGGUCUUCGGAUUGAACAAAAUGUUUAUGUAGAAAGAGAUAGUCAACACAAGAUUGUGGUGGGUGCUAAUGGAAUGAUCAUCAAUCGUGUAAUAGAAGAUGCUCGACAAGAAAUCUCAAAAGCCUUCAAGAGACCUAUUCAACUUUUUAUUCAAGUUAAAACUAGAAAAGAAUAGAUGAUUUGUAGUAUAGAAAUGCAUACCCCCCCUUCUUUUUUUAAAAAAAAUGAAAUUGUUAUAGAAUAAAAAAAUGUUAUUGUUUGAUUGGUUCGGUGAAUCAAAAAUCC